GUCUCGAGCCGCUAGGCCGCCAUCCCGUGGGCGUUUGCUUAGAUCGGGAUGGCAGGCGAAGUUGCGGCCAUUUUUUUCAUCUGAGCUGCCUGCAGCGAGUAGAAGGUGCGCACUGCCCGCAGUGCCGUGUCCGCUUCUUCUGCCGUUGCCCACUGCCUGCACUUGGGCCAAGAUGGCUCUCUCUCGCAGCUCCAAGGCGCGACCGGCGGGAUGUCGCAGCAGGCCUCAAGGCGUGUUUGCGGCUGGGCGUGGAGUCAGUGGAUCGAUUAGUCGCAGAAAAGUGGUCGCAAUGGGCCGAUGGUGAUUAUGUCACGGAAGAAACUUUUCCGAGACUCCAAGCAGAGGUCGAAGGCUACCUCCCGCAACCGGGCAGCCAG